GAAAAGUGCACAGAUCCUGAGUUCAGCCAAACAGGUUUUUACAGGCUUGCCUGUGUAACUUGCAUCCAGAACGAUCCCAGAUGCACUCCUGGCCAAGUGAAGCAGAGAGCAGUCACUCUACCAAGUUCCUACCUUGAUGGCCGUUCCAUGGUGCUCUCCCCUCCUGCUGCUCCCCCAAUGCCUGCUCUCCCAGGGUUAAUUUGGAGGCCUGCACUAUGGCUUCAUCCUCCUCCAUCCCAGCCUCUCCCACUCAAUCCAAGAAGCCUCGAGACAAGAUAGCUGACUGGUUCAGACAGGCUCUUUUGAAGAAGCCCAAGAAGAUAAUGGUCUCCAGUGAAAGCCACCCCAGUGAAGGUUCACAAACAGCCACACAGGACGGUCUUUCACCCCAGAGCUGCAGCUCACCCACUAGGCCCAGUUCACCCACCAGCCGCAGCUCACCCCCUAGCUGCAACUCACACCCGAGCGGCAGUUCAGGAAUGUCUCCUACCCUGCAACCAACACAGAUGGACACCAGCUGCAGCAGUGGUCGCUGGAGCAAAGACUAUGACGUCUGUGUGUGCCACAGUGAGGAGGACCUAGAGGCCGCCCAGGAACUGGUUUCCUACUUGGAGAGUAGCCAGGCCAGCCUACGCUGUUUCCUGCAGCUUCGAGAUGCAACCCCAGGUGGCGCCAUUGUUUCUGAGCUAUGCCAGGCACUGAGUAGUAGUCACUGCCGCGUGCUACUCAUCACACCAGGCUUCCUUCGGGACCCCUGGUGCAAGUACCAGAUGCUGCAGGCCCUGACAGAGGCCCCGGGGGCAGAGGGUUGCACCAUACCCCUGCUAUCCGGCCUGACCAGAGCCGCUUAUCCGCCGGAACUCCGAUUCAUGUACUAUGUGGAUGGCAGAGGCCGGGAUGGUGGCUUUUACCAAGUCAAGGAGGCUGUCACACGCUAUCUGGAAACACUAAGUUGUCACAAGUUUUCCUGACAAAGGCUGGAAAUAGCGCACACCAGAUGCUGGAUCCCAGUAGAUAGGCUUCAGGAGCCCGAGCCAGCUGCACCCUGCUUCCAUUACUGUGGGCUCCACAGGAAGGCUGGGAAGAAGAUGGGGACCCCCCACAAGAAGAUCAGGAGGAAGAUGGGGACUCCCCAAGAAGAGCAGGAGGAAGCCAGGGACUCCCCCAGGAAGGCAACAAGGAAGUCAGAAUUUGGAGCUGUCAAGAAGUUGUGGUGUCAGGAAGGUCAGCAGUGUCUUGUCUGCAGCUUAACUGGACAGGAAACUGACACCCAGCUGUCUUCUUCCCCCAGAAUCAGGCACUGGGGUAAACAGGGUAAACAGGUAGCAUUCCUCACGAGGGGUGAGCCUGACUGAUGUCUAGGGAAGCCGGGAAGAGAUUGCUGGUAUCAGGUCCUUCACACUCACACUCCUGUAACUCUGUCACUACACAAAGCUGGAUGAAAGGUACAUCCAGCCCCACGCCAAAUCUUACUUACUGAACAAAUGUCAUUUAAAAUGCAAACCUAGCCAGGUGGUUGGUGGUACAUGCUUUUAGGAGGCAGGCGCAGGUAGAUCUCUGAGUUCAAGGCCAGCUUAGUCUCCAAAGCAAGUUCCCAGGACAGCCAGAGCUGGUUAUCCAGGGAAACUCUGUCUCGAUAAACAAACAAAACAAAACAAACAACAAAAACAAAAGCAAACCUAGAGUCUGGAGAGAUGGCUCAGUGGUUAAGAACUCUUGUUGCCUUUGCAGAGGAUCCAGAUUCAAUUCCCAGUAUUCACAAGGUGGCUUACAACCUUAUCUAUCACUCUACUUCCAGGGUUCAAAUGCCUUCUCUAACCAGGACCUCCUUGGGCAUGAGGCACACAUAUGGAACACAUAUAUUCAUGUAGGCAAAACAAUCAUACAUAUAAAGAAAUCUUUCUUUAAUAUUAGAAAUGCAAAUCUAGGGCUCUAGGUGGAGUUGGUGGUAGGACACUUGCUUGCUUAGCAUGUAUGAAGAGAACAAACCUGGAAGCCAUUCUGAUCUGAAUGCAUGAACAAGUAGGGGGAAGGAAAGGUGGGGUUCAGGGCUCAGCUUCACCUGGAUCAAAGCCCACUGAUCUUGGGACACGCAGGACCUCCUCAGACAUCUGCUAGAGCCCAUGCUUCAUAGCACCUGCCUUUAUAUUGAACUGAGAGGAACCAGUGUUCUCAAUCUGGCACCAGUGAGUAUCCUCAGGGAGAGGUAAGGUGUCACCCAUAUUCUCAAUAAGACCAAUGACAUGGUCAGUUGUCAUGGUCUCCCUGAUGUGUACCUUGAGCCUCUUUUUGCCAUGUCCCUUUACUGAAAACAAUUUUUAAAUUAUGAUUUCUUUGGUUAAAUACAAAAUAUUCUAAAGGAUACUACUAUACCACACUCAUGCACCUUCCACUUUAAUAUAGAAAAUACAAUAAGAAAAACCUUAUUCCCAACAUGCUUGUUUCUUUUGUGUUUUGAAUUCCAGGCCCCCCCAUGUUUCCUAACAACAAUAACCACUUGAGCCUUUUUUGUAUGAAGUUUCUAUAGAUAAAUGCACUCCAGAAAAAUGUUAUUUAUUUUUGACUUUAUCUUUUAUGCAAAUUGCAUCACAGUGUAUGUUUCCUUUGUUCGACAUGUUUCUGAGGUAUGUCCAUGUUGAUGUAUCUGUCUCUUGUGAGUUUCCUUUUGUUCUAGGUCAGUGGUUCUUAGCCUGUGGGUUAAACAAUGCUUUCAUAUGGGUCACAUAUCAGAUAAUCUGUAUGUCAGGUACUUAUGAUUCAUAACAGUAGCAAAAUUAUAGUUAUGAGGUAGCAAUGAAAAUUUAUGGUUGGGGGUCACCACAACAUAAGGGCUGGCUGUACUAAAGGGUCACAGCAUUAGGAAGGUUGAGAACCACUGCUCUAAGAUCACUUUAAAACAAAUUUCAGGUACUUUCCCCCUAAACAUUUAGUUAUAAACCUCUACUUUAUGAGGGUUUUUAAAAAUGAUAAUGUUACAUUUUCAUCUUAAUAUAAAAUACUCUCUGAAGCUGUAGUGUGCCUUACAAAAUUCUCCCUGUCUUAUCCCUACCUUCUACAUUGAAUCUUGAAAAGAAGAAAGUUGGUUAUAUUUUCUCCCAAAGUAUUUCUGUUCAUAUUUAGAUCUUGAUUCCAGUUGGGGCUGUUUUGCUUUUGUAUUACUUGUUUUCUUUUUGGUUUUUUAAAACAGGGUUUGUAGUCCAGACUGACCACAAACUAACUUGAGAUCCUUCUAGCUCAGCUUCUCAAAUGCUGGGAUUUUAGGCAUUAUAAGAUAUCAUGCCUGGCUUGUUAUUGGUUUUCAAGUCAGAAAUCCAAUUCUUUUCUCUUGGUUUCCAUCAGUUACUCGGUGAUCUAUCCUAACCCCACAGAUAACUGUUGUUUUCUGUUUGUUUGAGAUAAGAUCUCACUAUGUAUUCCUGGCUGGCCAAGAAUUUACUAUGUAAACCAGGCUGGUCUCAAACUCAUAGUGAUCUGUCUGCACAUAGGUGUGUGCUAUCAGACCCAGCUACUGCCGUCCCAUACUGUCAUGUAUGUGUCUAUUGAUGGUCUCUAGUCUCUUUCAAGUAUACCCUGUGUUAGUGCUACAGUGUUUUUUAAAGCUUUAAUACUGGACUGGAGAGAUGGCUCAGUAGUUAAAAGCACUGACUGCUCUUCCAGGGGGCCCAGGUUCAAUUCCCAGCACCCAUAUGGUCACUCACAACUGUCUGUAAUUUCAGUUCUUGUAAACCCAACAUCCAUAGCAAAAUACCAAUGCACAUAAAAUAAAAAUAAAUAAAAAGGUUUUAAUACCCUGUGGAUCAAUUCUUCCCACUCUUCUUGCUUAUC